GAUCCCUCAAACGCGUUGUGGCGCGACUUCUCCUUCCUUUCCUGUUGCUCUCAAAGUCCACUCCCCUCACACUUUCUCCCCAUUCAUCUCUUUACACAUAAUAAUCUAUACAUACACGCUACUUGCAUCAACUCUGCUACAUACACUCCUUUAUUGACUGCAUAUAUCAUCGAACCAAAAUUUCGAAACAGUCGGGACUAAAAACAGUUAUAAUCAAUUUUUCGAAGUCGGUACGUGGUUAUAUAUAAAUUAGCUAUAAGAAGCACUUUUUAAACAAGUCAAUAAUAUUUCAUAAUCUAUCUGUACAUCCUCUUAUAUAUUAAAGUGAAGUUAAGGUGUUGAGAGAAGUGUUGAGAAAUGGCUAACGGUGGCGAUGGUCAAUACACCGAUUUUCCGGCGACUCCGACACACGGCGGCCAGUUCAUUCAGUACAACAUAUUCGGAAACUUGUUCGAAGUUACCGCUAAGUACCGGCCUCCGAUCACGCCUAUUGGCCGUGGCGCUUACGGAAUCGUCUGUUCGAUUUUGAAUACGGAGACGAAUGAGAUGGUUGCGGUUAAGAAGAUUGCUAAUGCUUUCGAUAAUUACAUGGAUGCGAAGCGAACUCUGAGGGAGAUCAAGCUUCUUCGCCACUUGGAUCAUGAAAAUGUCAUAGCAAUAACUGAUGUAAUUCCUCCACCUGUAAGGAGGGAAUUUACUGAUGUUUAUGUUGGUAUGGAACUAAUGGACACUGAUCUUCAUCAAAUCAUUCGAUCUAAUCAAGGUUUAUCAGAGGAACACUGUCAGUAUUUCUUGUAUCAACUGCUUCGAGGACUAAAAUAUAUUCACUCUGCAAACAUCAUUCAUCGAGACUUAAAGCCCAGCAACCUGUUGUUGAAUGCAAAUUGUGAUCUGAAGAUCUGUGAUUUUGGUCUCGCUCGUCAUAACACAGACGAUGAGUUCAUGACAGAAUAUGUUGUCACUAGAUGGUAUCGAGCACCUGAGCUGCUAUUGAACUCUUCUGAUUAUUCUGCUGCUAUAGAUGUUUGGUCUGUGGGUUGCAUAUAUAUGGAGCUAAUGAACAGAAAACCUUUGUUUGCGGGUAAAGAUCAUGUGCAUCAGAUGCGAUUGUUGACCGAGCUUCUUGGCACACCAACCGAAGCUGAUCUUGGAUUUGUUCGAAAUGAGGAUGCAAAAAGAUAUAUAAUGCAGCUUCCUCGACACCCUCGUCAGUCGCUGCGGCAGCUUUAUCCACAAGUCCAUCCUUUGGCCAUUGAUCUUAUUGAUAAAAUGCUUACAUUUGAUCCCUCUAAAAGAAUUACUGUCGAAGAAGCAUUAGCACAUCCGUACUUGGCAAGAUUACAUGAUAUAGCUGAUGAACCAGUUUGCACAAAACCGUUCUCUUUUGAAUUUGAGACGGCACAUCUAGGAGAAGAGCAGAUAAAGGACAUGAUUUACCAGGAGGCCUUGGCCUUCAACCCACACUGUGCAUAAUAUAUUGGUAGUAUACACCAUCUGGUUGAUGCCUUUUGUUUCUACCCCUAUCUCAAGAAGUCCAUUAUAAAGAAAUAAAUCGGUAAAUUUGGUUGAUUGAAGAUAUCACUGUGAUCGAAGACUAAUGCGAUUGCAUGAAAUACACUUGUGGUGGUAUUUCUUGGCGGAUCCAAGAUAUUCUCCAUUCUUGUUUACUUUAACUAGCCUGCCAUAUGCUAUUUUACAUCUUGCAUUAUUGCUGACAAAUAUAGUUUCAGCAUCACAUUCUCUCCAUUUUCUUGCCUGUUUGUUGUAAAAUUUCUGUUUAGUUUUUUAGGAGGGAGUUGCUUCUUUGUUUCAUUGUUGAUCCUGUAUUUGGUUAAAUUUGUUCCUUUUUAUUACCA